UGAAUGCUUUUUGUCGCCUUGUUCAGGUUGAGCAGUGUUUUUCCGUGAUUUGUGGCGAAUUUUGUGGUUAAAUUUAUACAGAACUGUACAUCGGUGAAUUUGCUAUCUUUUGUGCAGCUUGGUGAAAUUUAAAAGUGCUUGAAAAUUUGGCAUACUGUAGCAUUUAAAUAUCCAUAGCCAUUUGCCUUUCAAUCAUCUUUCACUGAACCUCGGGACUAGAGCAGUGGAGCGAGCAAGAACGCAUUCAUCACGGUAGGAAGGGUCAGCGCGAGCAAGACCAAACGAAAAGAAAGUUAACCAUCAUCGUCGUCAUUGACUGCAUUAAUCAUUGACAACCACAAACCUGCUCGCUACUAAAGUUACAUUCGAAACCUUUUCGCUGCUGCUAGGUAGUUGCUGGGCUGCUGAACAUUUUCUACACGAAAUGACCUACCGAGAGGCUUCUCACGCCGGAAGCUGGUAUACCGAUUCAGGUUCCGAUUUAAAUCGACAACUGUCCAAAUGGUUGGACGAUGCUGACCUAACUUUUGGACCGGCCCGUGCAAUUAUUGCUCCCCACGCUGGUUAUCGUUACUGCGGAGCAUGUGGAGCCUGGGCUUACCGACAGAUUAGUCCGGCGGUUGUCAAAAGAGUUUUCAUUCUGGGACCGUCGCAUCAUGUGCGGUUGUCGCGUUGCGCUUUAUCUGCGGCCCAGUACUGUCGCACGCCGCUGUACGAUCUCAAAGUAGAUCAGCAAGUCAACGCUGAGCUCGAAGCGACUGGUCAUUUCAAGUGGAUGGACCAGAAAACGGACGAGGAUGAGCACAGCAUUGAGAUGCAUCUUCCGUAUGUGGCCAAAGUGAUGGAAGAUUUUCGAGACCAGUUCACAAUUGUGCCAAUCAUGGUCGGUUCGAUUAGCAACGAGUGGGAGGAAACAUACGGGAAAUUGCUCGCUCCCUAUCUGGCCGAUCCGCAGAAUCUCUUCGUUAUAUCGUCCGAUUUUUGCCACUGGGGCGCUCGCUUUCGGUACACGUACUACGAGGAAUCGCAUGGUCCGAUCUACAAGUGGAUCGAAACGCUGGACAAAAUGGGUAUGGAUCUGAUCGAAACGCUCAAGCCGGAAAGCUUCGGUGAAUAUCUGCGAAAGUACAACAAUACGAUAUGCGGCCGGCAUCCGAUCGGCGUGUUGCUGCAGUCAGUGGAAGAGCUGAAGCGACGUGGUUAUCGAAUGAGCUUCAAGUUUCUUAAGUACGACCAAAGCAAUCAGUGCUGUGAUAAGAAAGACUCCAGCGUUAGCUAUGCCUCAGGUUCGCUGAUUUUCGAGUAAGCGAAGCCAUCUAUCCUGUGCAAAAUAUUUUUUAGUGUUUAAUACAAUGAUAGGCACACAAGAUAUAGCGAUAGUGAUUGUAAAAAAGUGAGAACAAAUUGAUCCAAUGAGGCACAGGUGAACAAACGGCGAGACAUUAAGAGAUCAGGAUUCAGCAGAUUUUUUAAUAUAUAAUUUUCGAAUUAUUGAAUAAUUAUUUAAGUUUUUAAGUUAACAAUGAAUCGCGUGUUUUCGAGUUUCAGAGCUAGAUUGUAAGAGAUUAGAAGCAACGAGACGUCGAUAAAAAUUUAUUGAAUUUCCGACCAGGGUGGCUCAUCGAUUGAACAGCUGAGACGGCUAGUAAAACAGAAAACUGGCAAAAAUAGGAUGUUUUGUACAAACCCACCAGGACACUAGGCAAUAACAGGACAUAUCCUAGUUAAUCAGGGCAUGUGGCCACCCGCUGGUAAGAACUAAAGCCUCAUAGUUUUGGCAGCUGUGUGUGAAUUAGGAAGCAGGUGUUUAACCUAUUCAAUGUAAUACGGUAUGCUAAGAACUGUAGCUUAUAUUCGUUACGAACAAAAUACGUUCAAAUACGUUAAGGUAAAACGUAUUUAAUAUUUGUUUGAGUGAAAUAAAAUCAGUAUA